GCUUCUCGCCGCCUCGGCUUCCUCCCACGCCUCCCACCUCCCUCUCUCCCUCACCCCGCUGCGUCUGAGUCUGCUUGACCACAUCGCAGGCCAACUGCAGCAAAUCGCCCUCCUCUCUCUGCCCGCCAGCUGUCGCGCAGAGCCGCCGCCGCCUGCCUGUCCGAGGCGCUCUCUUCUCCGCGCCUCCCGCACGGCACCCGCCGCUGCCCCCGCCCUUCACGUCGCCCGCCAUGAGUGGCCAGGACGCCUUCCCGGCGCAUGACCCGACGAGCCACUUCAAGUUCCCCGAGCAGGAGCAGGCCGUGCUGGAGCACUGGCGCCAGAUCGACGCCUUCAAGACGUCGCUCAAGCAGAGCGCGGGCAAGAAGCCCUUCACCUUCUUCGACGGCCCGCCCUUCGCCACGGGCCUGCCGCACUACGGCCACCUGCUCGCCGGCACGAUCAAGGACAUCGUCACGCGCCAUGCCCACGCCAGCGGCUUCCACGUCGAGCGGCGCUUCGGCUGGGACUGCCACGGCCUGCCCGUCGAGCACGAGAUUGACAAGAAGCUCGGCAUCACGGGCAAGGCCGACGUGAUGAAGAUGGGCAUUGCCGCGUACAACGCCGAGUGCCGCGCCAUUGUCAUGCGCUACCAGGGCGAGUGGAAGCAGACGGUCGAGCGCAUGGGCCGCUGGAUCGACUUUGACGGCGGCUACAAGACGCUCGACCGCACCUUCAUGGAGAGUGUGUGGUGGAUCUUCGGACAGCUCUUCCAGAAGGGCCUCGUGUAUCGCGGCAUGAAGGUCAUGCCCUACUCGAUGGGCUGCACCACGCCGCUCUCCAACUUCGAGGCCGGCCUCGACUACCGCGACGUCUCCGACCCGGCCAUCACCGUCUCCUUUCCGCUCGUCGACGACCCAAAGACGGCGCUGCUGGCGUGGACGACGACGCCGUGGACGCUGCCGUCGAACCUGGCGCUCUGUGUGCACCCCGACUUUGACUACAUCAAGGUGUACGACGAGGAGAAGCAGAUGAACUUCUGGCUCCUCGAAAAGCUCCUCACGACGCUGUACAAGGACCCCAAGAAGGCCAAGUUCAAGAAGGUCGGCAGCGCAAAGGGCAGCGAGAUGGUCGGCUGGAAGUUUGAGCCGCUGUUCCCGUUCUUCGUCGAGAAGUACAAGGACACGGCCUUCGUCGUCGUCUCGGACACGUACGUCACCGCCGAUGCGGGCACGGGCAUCGUGCAGCAGGCGCCGGCGUUCGGCGACGACGACUACCGCAUUGCCGUCAAGCACGGCAUCUGCACGCGCGAGAACCCGCCGCCGUGUCCGAUCGACGAGUCGGGCCGCUUCACGGCCGAGGUGCCCGACUAUGCCGGCGUCAACGUCAAGGAGGCCGACAAGCAGAUCCAGAAGGACAUCAAGGCGCUGGGGCGCAUGGUGGUGCAGAACACGCUCAUGCACUCGUAUCCCUACUGCUGGCGCUCCAAGACGCCACUCAUCUACCGCACCAUUCCGGCGUGGUUUGUGCGCGUCGAGGACAUCUGCGAGCGCCUGCAGAAGCACAAUGCCGGCACGCACUGGGUGCCCACGUGGGUCAAGGAGAGCCGCUUCGACCACUGGCUCGCCAAUGCGCGCGACUGGAACGUCAGCCGCAACCGCUACUGGGGCACGCCCAUUCCGCUCUGGGCCAGCGAGGACAUGGAGGAGGUCGUCUGCGUCAGCUCCGUCGAGGAGCUCGAGCGCCUCUCGGGGCGCACGGGCCUCACGGACCUGCAUCGCGAGAGCAUCGACGACAUUACCAUUCCCUCGCAGCAGGGCAAGGGCACGCUGCGGCGCAUCGAGGAGGUGUUCGACUGCUGGUUCGAGUCGGGCAGCAUGCCCUACGCGCAGGCGCACUACCCCUUCGAGAACAAGGACACGUUCGAGACGGGCUUCCCGGGCGACUUUGUCUGCGAGGGCAUCGACCAGACGCGCGGCUGGUUCUACACGCUCCUCAUCCUCGGCACGCAUCUCUUUGACCAGGCGCCGUGGAAGAAUCUCAUCGUCACCGGCCUCGUGCUCGCCGGCGACGGCAAGAAGAUGAGCAAGAGUGCGCGCAACUACCCCGACCCCACGCUCCUCUUUGACAAGUACGGCGCCGACGCCGUGCGCCUCUACCUCGUCAACUCGCCCGUCGUGCGCGGCGAGAAUCUGCGCUUCCGCGAGGAGGGCGUCAAGGAUGUGCUGGCCAUGGCCUUCUUGCCGUGGCUGAACAGCUUCCGCUUCUUCCUCGGCCAGGUGGCCAUGCUCAAGAAGAUGACGGGCAAGGAGUUUGCCUACGACGCCGCGGCGCCCAAGAGCGACAACGUCUUUGACCGCUGGCUGCUGGCGCGCUGUGCCAGUCUCAUCCAGUGGGUCGGCGACGAGAUGGCGGCGUACCGCCUGUACACCGUCAUGCCGCGGCUGCUCAGUCUCAUCGACGAGCUGACGAACUGGUACAUUCGCUUCAACCGGCAGCGCCUCAAGGGCGCCGGCGGCGAGGCCGACACGUAUGCGGCGCUCAACACGCUCUUCGAGACGCUCUACACGCUCUGCCGCACCAUGUCGAGCUUCACGCCCUUUCUGACGGAGAACAUCUACCAGGGCCUGCGGCCCUUCCUGCCCGCGCCGGCGGCAGACGACACGCAGGACUACCGCAGCGUGCACUUCCUGCCCUUCCCGGCAGUGAACCAGCAGUACCUCGACCCGGCGAUCCAGCGGCGCUUCGCCGCGCUGCAGACCGUCAUUGAGCUGACGCGCACGCUGCGCGAGCGCAACAACCUGCCGCUGCGCUCGCCGCUCAAGGAGCUCGUCGUCUACCAUGCCGACGGCGCCUUCCUCGAGGAUGCACAGUCGCUCUCGUCGUACAUCGAGGAGGAGCUCAACGUGCGCGAGGUGCGCUACACGAGCGACGAGGCCGCGUGCGGCGUGCGCUACAAGCUGCAGGCCGACUGGCCGGUGCUGGGACGCAAGCUGCGCAAGGACAUGCCCAAGGUCAAGGCUGGCCUGGAAAAGGUGAGCUCGGCAGAGUGCAAGCAGUACCUCGACCGCAAGACGAUCACCGUGGCGGGCGUCGAGCUCGUCGAGGGCGACCUCAGGGUGCUGCGCUACGUCGACCUCGAGGGCCGCGCGGGACAGUGGGACCACAACGGCGACGGCGCCGCCGUGGUACUGCUGGACAUCGAGGCGCGUCCCGAGCUCGUCUCGGAGUUCAACGCCCGCGAGCUCGUCAACCGCAUCCAGCGGCUGCGCAAGAAGGCCGGCCUGCAGCCGACCGACGACGUCGAUGCGUUCUACAGCUUCGAGCAGGGCCUCGGCGAGGCGCUGCAGCAGGCCUUUGCCGCGCAGCCAGAGGUGUUUGAGAAGGCCAUCCGCCGCGUGCCCAUGCCCGUCGCACAGCGGCCCGAGGGCGCCGCCAUCAUCAUGGAGGAGGAGCAGGAGAUUGGCGACGAGAAGUUCAGCCUCAGCCUCGUGCACGCAUAGAGCGUCUCCGGCCUUGCCCCGCCAAAAUGAUACACUAAUGUCUAGAG